AUGCCGGCUCGCUUAGCGUGCUGCUCCACAAGGCUGGUCACAGAGUCUUCUGAGCUCCGACUCGACUUCGAUCUUGAUUCACUCCUCAGCUCAGCUCAUCACCCACCAUCGCCGUUGCAUUCUGACCUUCUCCUACCACCUUCAUCCCCUCCUCCCUUGUCUUCCCUUCACCUCCAUUCUGACCCGCUAGCACCCUCUCCGAUCCGUCAAGCAACACUCGUUUCAAAGAUGGCUCCUCUCGCAAAAUUCUUGGCCGGUGCGGCUGUCCUUGCUGCUCCGGCGUUGGCUGCUGUUGCACCAAAGCUCCAAUUGCGUCAGUACCAAAACCCCGACUCGACGCUCGUCAUCGACGAGCCCUCGUGCAACUUUUACCAAUGCACCAUCUACUGGGCACCUGGACAGCAAGUCGCGGUCAACUGGUACAACCCUCCCUCCUCAGGCGACGUCCAGAUCGACCUCAUGGCCAACAACGACACUUCGGAACUCGCUUACACUGUUGGUGUUGCUCCUGCAAUCUCCAACACCUGCGACGCUGGUAACGGCUACGGCCAGCCCGGAUCCAACGGCAAACAGUGCGGUGGCUUUGUCUUUACUGUGCCCAGCUCGUGGAAUGCUGGCAACUACUCGGCAUUGCGCGCCAUGUCGGUCCAGGACCAGAAUCUGGUGUCGUACACUGACAAGAUCUACAUCACCCACAACGGCACGACCUCCAACAGCGCUCAGCUUUCCAUCGUCAGCGGAUCCACUGUCGGCUCAGGCAGCUCUACCGUUGCUCCAUCGUCUACCGCUGCUGCCGGUGCGGGAACGACGACAACAGCGUCGGGAAGCGCGGCUUCUACCUCCGCAUCGCGAUCCAGCGGCUCGGUCAGCACGACCGGCGCCAGCUCUGGUAGCAGUGCCUCGUCCACAGGCUCACCACGAACCAACGGCGCUCUUUCCAGCUCGAACGCUGGUACUGCUGUCUUCACCGCUGCUGCCGCUGUUGUCGCAGGUCUCAGCAUUCUUCUUUGA